UCCCUCGCCGCUCCACGCCAAGCCCGCAACAAUUUGUUCGAGCCGGUCAACCACAACUACCUUCAAAUUCUAUUAAGAACAACGUCAACAUCCACGUCCGCAUUGAUUGAUUUACAGAUAUGGGGUGAUGCAGUGAGCCAUUGAAAAAAAUCUUCUGUCUUUGAUGAAAUCUCUUUUGUGUUGCUGCUGCUUAUGUCACUGCCGGUUCUUCGAUAGAUUCUACAGCAACGAUGCAAUCCCAUCUAACGCGACGCGUAUUUCGAGCCAUCUUGAAUAACGAGCCUGUGUGCUUCUCACCCCGCCGGAGCCGAAUCUAUUCGCCAUCGUCUAUACUGCAUACCGGCCAAAUAUACAACCGACAUGUCCAAUCACGAGGGUUCUUUGCUUUCCCAACCCCGUCGCGAACGGAGACAGCCAAUGUCCCAGCUUCAGAAAUUGGGCUCCAGGCAAUGAGCGAAUUGGUCAAAUCGCUGAGUACGAGACGAAGGCCACCACCUUUUGAUGUUCUUUGCAAGUCAUACCAGGAUUUCCUCGAGGCUCGAGCUGAAGAACCCGGAGUCAUCACCGACUUUCAUGCCAAGCGCCUCGUUGAUACAUACGAAUACAUUAAAUCCAAUCAGCAAGAACAGGAUGGGAAAGAAUGGCAAAUAUUCAGGUCUGCAGAAAUUUCGGAGACAGUCCUCUAUGUGCUCUCUCGAGCGAUCUGUCAUCCCGAUUCUCACGACCAUGUACGAACGAUGGCUCACAAUGCCUACGACUGUUUGGUUGCGUCCUCAGAACAAAAUUCUACUGAAAUAAGCUACGGGGCACUUUUGGCCUACAUAAAAAUCCUGGCCAAUUGUAGUAACCCUGUGUACGCCGAACGAGUGGCCAUGAGAUCGUGGCCCAUGCUCAAAGCCUCAGCGGAUCUCAGUUUGCAUGAAUUGCCUUGGAUCUGUAUAAUCCGAGGACUCGCGCUCAAACGAGAUAGAGUUCGAGUUGAUAAUUUCGUCAACACCUUGUCGGCUGAAUAUGAUUAUAUUUUCACACCUCUCGAUCAAGAAGAAUUGGUGAAGGAAUUAAUCGAACAAAAUGACGUCCAUGCUGCCAAGAUUAUAUAUGAAUGCCCACUUCCUCUGCAGGAAAAGCCGACUCAAGCCACAGAAAUUGCGGUAUCAAAAGCAUCGAUACUGAGUGGAGAUGUUGCGUUUGCUGGAAAACUCUUGAAAAAAUAUGCGUCGUCUCCGAGUACAGAAACGCGUGAUGUUCUCUUGUUAAUGGAAGCGGCUAAAGGUAACGGCGCACCUGCUUUGACAAAAAAGCUCGACGAUUGGAGCUCGAAGAACCCUUCCAUUCUACAUGGGCUUUCUGUAUCUUGCGUGAACGACCUCGUCCAAUACGCAAAUUUCAUUGGCAACUCACAAUUAGCAGUGGAAUAUUCAGAAUUGAUCACCAAAUGGAAUCUCAAGUCCGAUGGCGAUUCGCUUCUUUUAUUGAAAUUGGAAUCAUGUGUUAAAUCCUCGGAUAUAAAGGGAACACUAAGCAUCUUGAGUAGCCUAGAAGAAGGCGACGCAUCUACAAACAUAAGUCUCUCGAUGAGAUACCGGCUUAUCAAGUUGCUAUGUCAGUACCCUCACGACGAUGCAGCAUACGAUCAAAUAUCGAAGCUUUUGGAUCCACUCAUUCAAGAUAACACUCAAAUCGAACCCGAGACACUGGCAGCUUUGACCGGCAUAUUAGCAAGUCGGAAUGAAUGGGAUGCUCUCUCUCAACUACUCCGGCCACGACUCAGUUCCUACGCUCUGAUCAACGAGCGACCCAUCAUCCGUUCGGCCCUGCUAAACUUCAUUCACAACAAAGAGCAAGACGACGAGAACAUAUGGAGAGCAUAUCAACUGUUGAGAAUCGCAUUCCCCGAAACCGAAGCAGAAAGCCGGAUCGCGAUUAUGAAUGUCUUCUUCGAGCGCAAAAUGAUCGACAAGGCCUGUGAAGUCUUCGGCCACAUGCGACACGCCUCCAGCCGCAACCAACACCCAACCGUAGAUGCCUAUGUCUCGUGCUUCCUGGGCCUCUCCCGUGUAGCCGACUGGGAGAACGUGAAACUCAUCCGCAACAUGCUACGCCUAGACGUCGACGUCGAACCGAGCACACGCCUGCAAAACGCGGUCAUGCUAGCCCUUGCCGCCUGCGAGAAACCUGACGAUGCGAUGGACGUAUUCCGCGAGAUCCUGCGCUCCGACGACGGCCCAACUCACACCACCCUCGCCAUCUUCUUCAAGGUGUGCCAAUCUCUGCCCAACGGUGUGGCCGAGGCAGCCAAGAUGAUGCAGAAAAUCACCAUGCUAGAGAUCCCACUAGACCGGUCCCUGUAUCUCGCCUACAUCAAAGCCCUCGCGGCUCAGGGUGAGCAGGACACCGUGACGCAAGCGCUCGAUGCGCUGCAUAGCAAGAUCGGCCAGUCACCAGAUGCCGACAUGAUUGCGCAGAUAUACAACGUCUGUCCGCACGAAAUCGCCAAGGAUGUUAUUGAAGAGUGGACCAAGGCCAAGUUCCCCACAGUAUGGAGCCAAUUGGACAGCGCUCAACGAACUGAGCGAGAGGAGGGGAUGUAUUUCGAAGGUUUCGAGGAGGUACUCGAGCUGUAGCCCUACCCUCUAGCCUUGGCCACGCAGAUUUGAGAAUACUACAUAUAUUUGGGGUGUAUAUUACCAGAGCUACACAUGUACAUGCAUAUUAUUAUAAACAGAUAAUUCACCGUACAUAAUUUAAUCCAUAUUAUUUUGUAUGCAAAAA